AUGAGCCAAAGACUCAAAGUCGGUUGCGCCGGUCUCGGUCGCAUGGGAAAGCGUCAUGCCUUGAACUUCCUUGAACGAACUCCCCGCGCCGAACUAGUCGCUGCCAGUUCGCCCGACCCCGUGGAGAUAGAAUGGGCCAAGAAGCACCUCGAGCCAUUUGGUGUACGCCUUUACUUGGACUAUGAUGAGAUGCUCAAGCAAGAAGGUCUCCAAGCAGUGGUAGUGGCAUCGGCAACAGCUGUCCACGCCGAACAAGCAAUUAAAGCAAUUGAUGCCGAGAAACAUGUUCUCUGCGAGAAGCCACUAUCUACCAGUGCCGAAGUGUCCCAAUCAGUCGUUGACGCCGCCAAUAAGAAGCCUCAUCUCAAAGUCAUGUGCGGAUUUUCUCGUCGUUUCGAUCUCUCCUACCGAGAUGCUCACCAUAAGAUGACAACCGGCCAAAUCGGUACCCCUUCUGUCCUCCGCAGCCAAACCUGUGACAAGCUCGACCCAUCCGGCUUCUUCGUCGCCUACGCCCAAUACAGUGGUGGUAUCUUCGUCGACUGCUCAAUCCACGAUAUCGAUCUCGCACUAUGGUUCUUUGGCUCCGAUAGUAAAGUCAAGUCCGUCUCAGCGAUUGGUAUCACAGCCGUCGAGCCCGAUCUCCGCAAACACAACGACCGCGAUAACGCCGUGGGUUUGGUCGAGUUUCACGAUGGCAAGAUUGCCUACUUCUAUGCUAGUCGCAUGAUGGCUGCUGGACAAGAGGAUACGACUGAAAUCAUUGGAACCAAGGGCAAGGUUGCAGUCAAUGCUGUUCCACAGAUGAACCUUGUGCAGCUCUCUGAUGAUCAAGGUGUUCGAAGGGAGAUUCCCCAGACGUACUGGGAUCGAUUUGAGCUUGCAUUUGUUAAAGAGGCUAAUGAGUUUACUGUUGCUGUGUUGGAGGAUCAGGUGUUGCCUUUGAAGCUAAGCGAUGCUGUGCAGGCUGUUCGGAUUGGCGCCGCGUUGCAAAAGGCUAUGAUUUCUGGACAAAAGAUCUUUUUUGACGAGAAUGGCAAUCAGGUGGAAAAUUCUCGCCUGUAG